AUGAGUUCCUCCAUAAAAACAACGUUGCUAGCCCAGCGGGUGGCCGACCACAGCAGUUUUGACCUCCUCCAAAAUCGGAUCGAGUCAUUGAGUGGCAAGAUGGACAAGCUUAUCAGCCUUCAAGAGAAGGUCCUUGUUCGCCUGGAUGCCAAGUCCGCCGGUAUUGAAAAAAAUGAGAAGGAGAACGGCCAGUCACAGGGACAUGACGUCAAGGUGAUAUGCCAGGAAAUGAGCACCAUCAUGUCGGCGGUCAACCAGCGUUCAGAGAUUCAGGCUCAGAAGUUGGAGGGAAUGGAGAAACUGGUCCUCAGCAUGCAGCAGGUGAUCAGCUUCAUCGGGGAGACGGUCAAGAGCUCCAGGGCUAUGGAGCUCAUGUUCAAAGGUCCUCCUGCCAGCAAGGGUAACAAAGGAAAGCAAGUCCCAAAGAAGAAAUCAUCAGACACAAUUCAAAAGCCAGAGAAGAAACCUACCUCUAACAAAGCUCAAAAGGGGAACGAAGAGAUAACCGCUGUUUUUGAGGCAGCUACGCUCCUGUCGUCUCACAGGACAAAGUUCCACGGACCAAAACAUUUCCUCGCUGCUCGCAAAUGUGGAAACCUUUUCAAGGAUCACAGUAAAGAUGGCGCAGAGAAGACCCAUUUGAGCCCCAAAGCCCAAAAGACGAUGAAACCCCCAGACACUCCGGAGAUCUCACUGAAGAAGCAGGCGCUGCUUCGGGAAGAGGUGCAGAAACUCAACCGAGAGAAUGCAGAGAAGUCAGCUCAGCAGCUUAGCGCCAUGUUUUUGCAUGCGGAAGCGGACGGCGCCCCGCGGGAAGAUUCCCAAAGCUCCCAAGAGGAGGGGCCUGGCGCCGAAGCCGAGGAGGAAAAAGUUGCUGAGGAAGAUGUGGAAGUUACCGAGGAGGUGCGCGAUGUGCAGGAAGUAGUCGUGGAGGAGCUCGAAGAGCAAAUUGAGGAGGAAACACUUGAGGAGGAGCCGGGGGAGGAGCUGGUGGAAGAGUUGGAGAUAGAGGUGGAGGAAAUCACAGUGGAAGAAGAAGAAUACUCAGAGUCUGAUAAUCCAAAAGAACAAACAGAUGCAAGUGACGACGGCGAGGCCUCUUGCCCAUCUUCCAAAACCGAUCUGGACCCGACGGUGGAGCUCAGAAUCACCGCCGGCUCCUUUGAGACGGAAAAACUUGUGGUGGUGGAAGAGUACACCGAGGUCUUGGAAGUGGAGGAAGACGAGAACCAGGAGCAGGAGCAGGAGGAGAAUAAAGUGGAGAGCGAGAAACAGAAUAAGGAGCACAACCCCGAGCAGGAGCUUGACUGGGCCGUCUUCCGGGCCGAUGGGGUUGAGUUCCAGUUCGAUCUGAGAGAGAGGUUGGUGGGAGAGAGGAAAACAGUCAAACCCGAGACUAAAGAACAAGAACCUGAGGAUCUGAAAGAAUACUUUAUCGACAUGACCCCGCCCCCGCCGGCGCCGUUUAAUCACCGCAUCGUGUCUGCCAAGCCCAACCAGAUCAGCAACUUCUACACCAUCAACUGGCAGGAGGUCCUGGGCGGGGGUCGUUUUGGGCAAGUGCACAAAUGCGUUGAAAACUCAUCUGGUCUGACGUUGGCAGCCAAGGUCAUCAAGGCCAGGUCGCAGAAAGAAAAGGAGGUGGUGAAGAACGAGAUCCAGGUCAUGAACAAUCUGGACCACGCCAACCUGAUCCAACUGUACGCCGCUUACGAGUCCAGGAAUGACAUCAUCCUCGUGCUUGAAUACGUCGGAGGCGGUGAGCUGUUCGACAGGAUCAUCGACGAAAACUACACGUUGAUGGAGUUGGACGCCGUGGUGUUCAUCAGGCAGAUCUGUGAGGGCCUGCAGCACAUGCACAAAAUGUACAUCCUCCAUUUGGACUUAAAGCCGGAAAACAUCCUUUGCGUCAGCAGAGUCACUAAUAAAAUCAAGAUCAUCGACUUUGGCUUUGCUAGAAUAUACAAACCCAGGGAGAAGUUGCGAGUCAAUUUCGGCACUCCGGAGUUUCUGGCCCCGGAAGUGAUCAACUACGACUUUGUGUCGUUUAAUACAGACAUGUGGAGCCUCGGCGUCAUCACCUACAUGCUUCUGAGCGGCCUGUGUCCGUUCCUGGGCGACGACGACAACAAGACGCUCAACAACAUCUUGGCCUGCCAGUGGAACUUUGAAGAGCAAGAGUUUGUGGACACGUCAGAAGAGGCCAAAGACUUCAUCACCAGACUCCUCGUCGUCAACAAAAGUUGGAGGAUGGGAGCGUCCGAGGCCCUGAGACACGCUUGGUUGUCCGACGCUAGUCUUCAUCACAAACUCAAUACCAAGAAAACCAUGUGCCGAUCUCGCCGCUCAUCAUGUGUUCCCUCAACAGACAGUUGAGUGUGGCGGUUUGACCCGAUGGCUCGCAGCUGUGGCCCCUGCGGACCAAGCCCUCCCGUCCCCGUGCACGAACGUCAUGUCACCACCGUCCUAAUGAGCGAGCGUGGCCCCGACCUGAGUUCUGAUCUCACUGCGUUAAACGUGUGUUAACCAGUCUGCGAGGCCCACUUGCCGCGACAGCGUUGCUUUCAAUGCAGACUGGACGUUGUUGGGCUGCGGUCACUUGCAGUUGUCUUGCGUGCUUUUGUACGUAUAUGUGCCUCUUUUCUUUUUUUUUUCUUUUUUUUGGGAGAAAUAAGAACUAUAUCAGAUCCAUAUGGUGUAUGUCGUUGGUGUUUGUGCACUUUAUAACGGUAUUUAUAUUUGAAUAAUAAUAAUUGCAAAGCUUCUGUAGAUUUCAUUGGUCUGUUUCUACUUUACAACGAAAUAUGUCUUAUCAGAUGAAUGCGUUAAUUCUGUGUCAGUGCAUUUUUUUUCUAUUUUCUAAUCUUUACUAAUUUCUUGGUUCCACUUUGCCGUUAGAUGCUCGUUUUUCGCCACGUGACAGAUUUGCCUUCUGUGAAGGUUCAGUGUAUAACUGAAAACACUACCUAACUCCUCCUCCCUAAUAAGUGGACGACACUUGACUUUAAAUGUCGUAAUGUAUGUUCGGAUGGUUGAAAUCGAAUAGAUUACAUUCACACGAUUUGGCAUGUUUUUAUUUUUUCUUGUUUUUGUCGAGUGUGUACACCCAUUAAAACAAUAAAGUGUCUACAACUUGCGUGGUUUGUUCAUUUUCAGCUUGACUACAGUUUUGGUAAAACGGCACAAUCAUGAAAUCCAAAGGUUCCUCUUACAAUUGGGUUUGUUGAAUUGUUUAUUGUGGUUGGAAACAAAUUGAUAAAAAGAAUCUUUAGUCAUUUUAUGUUUUUUUAAACCAUUCAAAAAGAACAUUUAUGAUGUAAUUUUUUUUUUUUUACCAACAUGCUGACUUUGCAUAUAUAAACAGAAUUUUGAAGUAAUACCUCCACCCUAACUUCCACACAUGCAAGA